UGAUAGAGAGAGAGAGAGAGGAGAGAGAUUGGGUUUCUUUUGAAACAUUGAAUUGAUUCUGCAGCUAAAUUGGCGUCCCCCUUGUAAACUCUCUCAGAGCAGCCCCUAAUUCAAGCAAACGCUCGGCACUUCUCUGAAAUUUUUCAGAGUCCAUUUGUCAAUUACCCCAUUAAAUCCAUUUCUGAUAUCUGCACCGAAAAACCCUAGAAUAUCUCUCCUCACUCUAAAUUUGGAUGACCCGCGUCGCAGACUUUCAGAAACGGCUCUAUGUAAAGGGCUCAAAUGGUUUGAGUCUCUGUAACUUCUGGUUCUUUGAGAAUUGGGGCUUGUGGGUUUGAAGCUUGGGUUGCAUGGGCGAUCUUCAAGCUUGGGCAAAGCCUAAUGGAGAGGGGGCUGGCCCUUUGAAUCCUCAUCCUCGAGCCAUUGGGCCUGAUCGUUGGAGAAGAGCAGAGGAUAGGACAUGUGAAAUUAUCAGCAAGAUUCAGCCCACCAUUGUUUCCGAACAGAGAAGAAAGGCGGUGGUUGAUUAUGUGCACAGAUUGAUCCAUGGUUAUCUUGGUAGUGUGGUGUUCCCAUUUGGUUCUGUGCCAUUGAAGACUUAUCUCCCUGAUGGAGACAUCGAUUUGACUGCAUUUAGCAACUUCCAAAAUGAUACUUUGGCAAAUGAUGUUCGUUCUGUACUCGAAGGAGAAGAACAAAACAAGGUUGCUGAGUUUGAAGUUAAAGAUGUCCAAUACAUUCACGCAGAGGUCAAACUUGUAAAAUGCCUUGUUCAAAAUAUUGUGGUUGAUAUCUCUUUCAACCAGUUAGGAGGGCUCUGUACGCUCUGCUUCCUAGAACAGGUUGAUCGUAUGAUAGGGAAAGAUCAUUUGUUCAAGCGCAGUAUUAUACUGAUCAAGGCGUGGUGCUAUUAUGAGAGCCGCAUUCUUGGUGCUCAUCAUGGUCUUAUAUCUACAUAUGCGUUGGAGACAUUGGUCUUGUAUAUUUUUCAUCUGUUCCAUUCAACUUUCAAUGGUCCUCUGGAGGUUCUCUACAGGUUUUUGGACUAUUUUAGCAAAUUUGAUUGGGACAGUUAUUGUAUCAGUUUAAAUGGCCCAGUAUCUAUAUCUUCGUUUCCAGAACUAACAGUUGAAACACCAGAAAAUGAUGGGGGUGAGUUGCUACUCAGCAAGGAAUUCCUUAAAGAUUGUGUGGACUCAUACUCGGUUCCAUCAAAGGUGUCUGAGGGGACACCCCGCUCGUUCCCUUUGAAGCAUCUAAAUAUAAUUGAUCCAUUGAAAGAGAAUAACAACCUCGGACGGAGUGUUAGUAAAGGUAAUUUCUACAGGAUACGCAGUGCAUUCACAUAUGGGGCCCGAAAACUGGGCCGAAUACUCCUGUUAUCUGAAGAAACCAUCCCUGACGAACUCCACAAGUUUUUCACCAACACUUUGGAUAGACAUGGAAGUGGGCAAAGACCCGAUGUGCAAGAACUCAUCUUCUCUCCUGAGGGUCUGCCAUUAACUCCUGAUAUAGAGCAAUACAAUGAGGAUGACCGAUAUUCAGGAGUAUCCUUAUAUCACUCCUCCCUAAAUUUAGAAGCUGGGUAUUACUCUCUUCAAUUCGAUUCCUCUCUCUCAGUUGAAUCUAGUGGUGUAGAACAACGUGCUGAAUCUCUCGGUGGGUUAUGUGGCAAGCUGGGUAAAACCAAGAUUUCGGAGCCAGAGAAGGCUCGCAUAUUAGAAAAUGGGGACGAUAAUCUUGGGCAUGCUAGACCCAAAAAAAUUGAGAGGUGCUACUCCUCUACAGCUUUGGAAAUAGAGAGAGUUUCAGGAAGUCGGUUGGCCGGGGAUGCCACAGACCUGGCUAGUCCCAGGCGAAAGACUAAUGAAACGGGUACUCCAUCGCCACUAGAGCGGACCCACCAUGCUCCUCACCUCUACUUUACUCGUUCUCUCUCUGAGAAUGGGAAACUUUCUUGUGGGGACCCUGAUAGGCCAUGGUCUAACAGUUCUCAUGUCACUGAUAUUAAAGCACCUGUUAGCCAACGGUCCUUUGAGGAAGCACCACAAUCAAGUUCAGAGGAGGGUGGGCCUGUCAAAAGCAAACCCAAGAGUUGGCUCCAAGCACUUGGUAGCAUCCAUGCUUUUUCUCCUUCCAGUUCUGGGGCUUAUCAAGUGGAAAACACUGCUUCCUCUACCUUAAACCAUUCUCUGGUGGCACCUAGCGACACUGUGAAGUAUUCAGAUCCUAGGGCUAUCUCCGGUGCUUGUUAUACGGAGAGGGUUGUUAGUGGAAGCUCUGACUCUUUGGACUCUUUGUGUGAUUUAGCUGGGGACUUAGAUGCUCACACGAAGAGCCUUUUGUAUGGUCGAUGCUGCCACGAUUCGGCUAUGUAUGGGCCUGUGCUUCCUUUUCCCCCUACUGGUUCAUAUGGGCGAGGUAAAAACACUUGGGAUAGUUUCCAUCGACCAACACAUGGGAAACGAGGGGUAAUCCCUUACAUGAAUACUAAUGGGGUUGUUGCUGGUUCGAUGUUCUCUCCUGCUGCCUCUUCUUACUACCCAGUCAACUCGGCUGUGUUACCAAGUGCAUUUGGUAGUGAAGAAACAAAGUCGAGAGGGAUAGGAACUUAUUUUCCCAAUGUGAACCUUCGGAUGUACAAGGAGAAACACCCACCAGGAAGGGGGAGAAACCAAGGCAUGGGAGGAGCUAGUCAUGGCAGGUCUCGCAACAGCAGUGUACGUGGGCCCAUCCAUGAUGGGGGCCCAAAUGGCCCCACCAACUUGGCCUGGGCCCCUCAAGGAGGAGCCCAUGGGCAUGAGGCCAGUGUGCCUGGACGGUCAAUGGAAGGGGGGGGUCCACCCCUUCGUUCUAUAGGGAGAGGCUAUUUGAAUGCCAAUGUCCCGGCCUCGAGCGCAUUGGAGAGGCUUGAGUUUGGGACUUUUGGAACUUCGCAGGUGGUUGGGGGUGAACAAGCAACAAGGACCCAGGACUCAAGCACUGGGUUCAUACCUGGCUCUGGUCCGAUGCUCCCAAUUCCAGGGAUGCAGAGGCCUGGAAUGACUGCAAAUAAGGAGAGGGUUACGCCGCAGCCGUAUCACAUGAAAGAUGAAGAUUUUCCUCCCUUAUCUGUUUGAACCCAGCAUAUCCUGUUUUUACACAGCCAGGAGAAGGUUAUAGAGAGAGAGAUGAGUUUUUAAGAAAUAGUAAAGCAAAGAAAAGAACUUGGUGGUGCUAACCAAUCAGAUUUUUUAACUUCCGGCCGAAAUUUAGAACUGUUAACAGAGUUUUAGUUUUUUGGUUUUGUAAUUGUGGUGUUGCAGUAGCAUUGUUGUACAUUCUUUCCUUUUGAUUGGGACGAUUCAUACAUCAUCCAUGCAUUUUACAUGUUUCUCAUACCAACCCAUGUUUUGUGGAUCAUGGGGGCUGAAUACAUUACAUAUAUAUAAGAUAUAUUUCAGAGCUCAAUGAGUGUAUUUACCUUGAAA